UUUUUAUCUGAUAAUAUCGAAGUCCAAUGUGAUAAAAAGAUAAAAAUUACUACAUUUAGUACCAUUUGAUUUGGCACCAAAAAUGCUAGUUAAAAUGAAAACUACAUUCUUGCUCUUGGUUUUGGUGUUAAUUUCGUGUUAUGAAGCAAACAGUGCCAAAAUUUUGGCCGUUUUGCCUGUGGCUGGCCGGAGCCAUUAUAUCCUUGCCAGUACCCUUAUGAGAGCACUUGCUGAGAGAGGGCACGAUGUUACUGUCAUUAGUUGUUUUGGGGAAAAGAACCCACCAAAAAAUGGAACUUACAGAGACAUUGUUGUGACAGGAGCAAUGGAAGAAUUAGAGAAGCAAAUGAGUUCAGACGACGUAAAUAUGUUCGAAAUGGAAGGCAUAAACCUGUUCAUUAAUGCGCUUUUUAUGGCUUUUAUGCUGCCUACAAUGAACGAAGCGACACUCAAACACGAAAAUGUCCAAAAAUUUAUCAACUCUGGUGAAAAGUUCGAUGUUGUAAUUGUGGAGCAAUUUGGAAAUGAUGCUGCAAAGGCCCUAUCGACUCAUUUUGGGGCCCCGCUGAUUAGUCUCAGUGCGGUGGGGGCCAGCUAUUGGACAAACCCCUUGGUUGGAAACCCGUCCCCACCUUCCUAUAUCCCAGACCUCAUGUCCGACUAUUCGGUUCCUAUGACUUUUUGCGAAAGACUCGUAAACAGUCUUGUGUACGUUUUUAAUGAUUUGUUGUACAAUUUUAUUGUUUUUCCUAAACAAAACCAACUAAUGAAAAAGUAUAUUCCAAAUGCCCCCGAGCAUUUAAGCGAUGUGCUUUACAACAGUUCCAUUGUUUUGCUAAAUUCCCACCCCAGUAUCAACCAACCUGUCCCACACGUACCCAACAUGAUCGAAAUUGGGGGUUUUCACAUCAAACCCCCGAAAAAACUACCACAAGACCUACAAGAAUUUUUGGAUGGUGCCAAAGAUGGUAUCAUUUACUUCAGCAUGGGUUCUAAUCUAAAAAGUGCAGAUUUACCGAACGACAAACGCGACGCAAUUCUUAAAACUUUCGCAAAAUUGAAACAAAAAAUCCUGUGGAAAUGGGAAGAGGAUGAUCUUCCGGGAAAACCACCAAAUGUUAAAACUGCCAAAUGGUUACCGCAACAAGAACUUCUUGCACAUCCUAACGUUAGACUUUUUAUAACUCACGGUGGUCUUUUAAGCACGACUGAAACCAUUUAUCACGGAGUGCCUAUUUUGGCAAUACCUAUUUUUGGUGAUCAGAAAAUUAACGCAAGAUCUGCGGUCACGAGUGGUUAUGGUGUUUACCUAGCUUUCGAUAAACUAAGCGAAGAGACGUUGACUAACAGUAUUAACCAAAUUUUAAAUAACAAAAAAUACAAAGAAAACGUCCAAAUGCGAUCACGACUUUUUCACGACCGUCUUGUUAGUCCUUUGGACACAGCUAUUUAUUGGGUCGAAUACGUUAUUCGACACAGAGGAGCACCUCAUCUGAGGGUUGCAGCCUUGGACUUACCGUGGUACAAAUAUUUAUUACUAGACGUUAUUGCAGUGAUUGCUUUAGUAUUACUAAGUUCGUUACUUAUUUUCUGUUACAUUGUAAAAUUAAUUGGCCGAUUAGUAUGUUCAAAGAAGACCAAAACGAGCAAGAAAGCGAAGAAAGAAUAGUUUAAUACGUUUGUAAACUUUAUUUUAAAUAAAUUAAUUAAUAAAUAAAUAAAG